GCUGCUCACCCCGGCAGGGCCCGGGCUGGACGGACCCGCCCGGCCUCGCAGGAUGUCCCAGCCGCCCUCCAUCACCCUGCACGUCCCCGAGGGCUCCGAGAGCCAUGGCCAGGAGCCCAGUCCGGACAACGAGAGAGCCCUGCACACCUCGUUCCACCAGCUCAUCCUGGAGCAGAGCAGCUUGAUCGAGGCAGGUCUGGAGCUGGAGAUGCAGGAGAGGACCAGAGAGUCCCCAGCUUACCUGGCUGUUCCAGACGCCUGUGCCAUGGCCUGGCCAGAGCCCAGGCAAGAUGAGGAGCACCCCAGCCACUCCUCUGCCUCCCUGCAGAUCUUGGCCAGCAUGCCCAGCCGCACCAUCGGACGCAGCCUCGGGGCCAUCAUCUCGCAGUACUGCAACCGCACGGCGCGGCUGCGGCGCCGGAGCGUCCGCCCGCCCCUGCAGCAGCUCUGCCGCACGGCGCGGCCCAGCCUGCGCCACUACGACCUGGAGAGCGACCCCAGCAGGGCCACGCUGCAAGAGAAGCGGUGCCUGCUGGUGAAGGAGCUGCUGAGCCUCUCGCCCAGCCAGUGCAGCCACAUGCUGCUCACUAUGCCCCUCAGCCUGGCGGAGAAACGCAUCCUCAGGCGGCAGCUGAGCGGACAGAGGGGCCCCGUGAGGCAGCGCGCCCAGCACUGGGACCCCUUCUCACCCUGCGCGGGGUCCAGGGUCUGCGUUGGCCUCGGCUGCCGAGGUCUCUGGUACAGGCUCCUGUCCCUGCUCCGCGCUGCCCAGCCCGGGCACUAUGCCCUGAAGCAGAUUGGUGGCCGCUUUGGCUCCAGUGUCCUGUCCUACUUCCUCUUCCUCAAGACACUCCUUAUGUUGAACUUCUGUUCAUUCUUCAUCCUGCUGGCCUUCGUGGUGGUCCUGCAGGCCGUGUACCCUGCUGCAUCAGUGAGCCCCCAGCCCUUCACUGGGCUGGAGCUGCUCACAGGAGCGGGCCACUUCACUCACUCGCUGCUGUACUACGGCUACUACAGCAACGCCACCCUGAACGACCCCUGCACCUCCACUCCUGAGGGCAGCGUGUGCCCCCUCCCAGCCCCCCUGCUCCCCUACAACCUGCCACUGGCCUACCUGUUCAGUGUUGGGGCCUCCUUCCUUGUCACCUGCAUCCUGCUGGUCUACAGCGUGUCCUGCUCCUUUCGGGAGAGCGUGAAGAGCGCCAUAGGGGACUUGGCCAUCAAGGUCUUCUGUGCCUGGGACUUCAAGGUGAUCCAGAGGCGCUCGGUGAAGCUGCAGUGCGAGAACAUCUGCACCCAGCUGAAGGAGCUGCUGGCGGAGCGCCGCUCCCGCUGCCGCUCCCAGAGCCGCUGCCAGCGCCUGCGGCACGGCCUGGUGGUGCUGCUGGCCUGGCUGCUGGCGCUGGGCUGGGCGUCGGGCUGCGUGCUGGCUGUGCACUACCUCUUGGAGCACAUGCACACGGACACCACAGCUGGCUGCCAACAGCUGUGCGCUCAGCCAGUUCCUGCUCGCCAGGUUCAGCAGGAGCAGCAAGCACAGGGCAGUGGCAGAUGGCAGCAAGAAGCCAUUCUGCUGGUCCUGCCCCUUGUGGUGUCCCUCCUCAAUGCCUUGAUGCCCCAUCUGUUCAACCUGCUGGCCAUGUGGGAGAAGCAGGACUCCCCAGUGACACAGGUCUCCGUGGCCAUCUUCAGGAACCUCAUCCUGAAGGUGGUGAUUCUCAGCCUGCUGUGCUACCACUGGCUCAGCCGGAGCGUUAUCUGCUCGACAGAGGAGUGCUGGGAGACGUGUGUGGGGCAGGAGCUGUAUCGCUUCAUGGUGAUGGAUUUAAUAUUCACCCUGCUGGACACACUCUUCGGGGAGCUCAUCUGGAGGCUGAUUCUGGAGAAGAGGCUGAAGACAAAGCAGAGGCCGGAGUUUGACAUCGCCCGAAAUGUGCUGGAGCUGAUCUAUGGGCAGACCCUGACCUGGCUGGGCGUUCUCUUCGCUCCGCUCCUGCCAGCUGUGCAGAUGCUGAAGCUGCUGCUGCUGUUCUAUAUCAAAAAGACCAGCCUGCUGCGGAACUGCCAGUCCCCCAGCAAGCCCUGGCAGGCCUCACGCAUGAGCACCGUGUUCAUCACUCUGCUGUGCUUCCCCUCCUUCCUGGGUGCAGCUGCCUUCCUCUCCUACACCGUCUGGUCGGUGCAGCCAUCAGAAACCUGCGGCCCCUUCCGGGGGCUGGAAACCAUCUACAAGUCAGGGAAGAGGUGGGUGCUAGUGCUGGAGCAGUCCAACCCCAACAUCACCUGGUUUGCUUGGGUCUACCAGCACCUGUUGGAGAACACAUGCCUACUGUUCUUCAUGUCUGUGGCCCUGAUAGCUGGGAUCUACUUCAACAUCCAGGUGGUGAGAGGCCGCCAGAAGGUCAUCUGCCUGCUGCAGGAGCAGAUUGCCAAUGAAGGGAAGGAUAAGCUGUUCCUCAUGGAGAAGCUCCGCUCCGUGUACAAGUACAGAGGCAGGUGCUCCUGAGUGCCAGGAAGGAAUGGGAUGGAACAGACUCUGCUUGCAGCUGGGACUGAAUCUGUGCAUCACAACACAGCGCUGGAAGCUGGGGGACCAUGGAGUGCUGGGGAAGAUCCUCCUCUUGCCAUGGCCAAGGACCUAUUGGGAGGUGUCAUUGGGAGUGCUGCAUCCCAGGGAUGCAGGAGCUCCUGCUGCCUGGAGCUGCUGGGAUGCAGCAGGCACGGGACCCAGCCUGCCUACACACCCCAGGGCACAGCAGGACUGCCUCACCUCACAGCCCUGCUCCGUGGGGCUCACUACUUGCAGAGAACUGCCCUUCAGCUCUCCCUCCUGCCAGCGUGCCCUGGCUGCUCUCAGAAUCCUCUGGGGACCAUGAGCUUUCUCCACAACCACCUUCACCUGCCUAGGGGCAGCAGGCAUGAAGCUAGCUCUAGCCCAGUGCCAGGCUCACCAGGAGAGCAGCAGGCUGACUGCAGCCCCACAAACGAGGUCACUGGGCCAGCCCCAGCCCCGCCUGGUGGGACAGACCUGGAGGAAUCUCCGUGCUGCCGAGGGCUGGGCUGGGCAGGGCUCUGCGGGCCCAAUUAAAGUGCUGCUGUGCAGGA